AUGUACGUGCACCCGGUGGCCUGCCGUCCGCUCGCGGCCAUCCUCGACGCUGUGGGGGUGCACACAUUUGCCCUCGGCAUCCUGGACGUAGAGGGGGCGGAGCUCGCCGUCCUGCGUGCGGUGGAUUGGGAGCGAGUCCGCUUUGGUAUCCUCGUCAUUGAGGCGGACUCGCCUUACGGCACGCGCGAACACGCGUACAAGGCGCAAGUCACCGCGCUGAUGGGAUCUACCGGGCAGUACAGGCUGCUCUACCAGCGCGGACGCAAUUUGUGGUUUGCGCACCGCAGCCUUGUCGCGCACGCGCGCUCCCCCGCCGAUUUGCGCGGGGCAUACGCGGUGAAGGCGCUCAGGAAGUGCGUCGGCGCGUGCGACCCCGCGGUGCAGCGGGCAGGGGGGCUGGUCGACACUGCCACGGGCUGGACAUAUGGCGCGCUCCUUCUCCGCGCGCUCAACUCCAUCCUCCCGCAACGUUUCGCCGGGCCUAACUCGGCGCUCGGGCCAAUGGACGACUCCCCCGACGACACGGUCCAGCUCGACGCGCCGGAGCUCACCCGGCCCGUGGACCGACUGGUCCGAACCUUCUCGUGGCGAGCGAGGCAGAAGGCCAAGAAGACGGACCCGUCGGCGUCGGAGCGUGCGGACGACGUCCCCGACGACGCGACCGCCGCCGCGCCAGAGGACCUGGGCCGCACGCUGACGCGGGUGCUGAGCUUUGGCCGCAGAAACAAGCAGGCGCGGCAGAGCGACGAUGGCGGCAAAGACGACGAGGAUCUGGAUCGGACGACGAGCAUGUUUUCGGGGCCGCGUCGCGCCUUCUCGCUCACGCGCCGGCCGGCGGCCUCGGCGGGCACGCGCUUCUCCGCGCUCCGUCUCAGCGAGACGGAGCAUGUCUACGGGCCGCUGCAGGUGCGGCGCGCCGAGAAGCGCGGCCAGAAGCCCGCGCCGCGCUACUGCGUGCUGGGCAAAGAGACGUGCGUGCUCACCUGGUACGCGACGGCGUCGACCGAGGCGCCGAGCAACGGGCAGCGGCCCGACGGCAGCUGCACCAUCGCACUCGCCGACGGUGCGCCGGCGACGCCCGACCUCUUCCAUGCGUUCGAAUGCCGGGCGGCGUCGGCCGAGGAGGCGGCGCGCUGGAAGCGGUCGCUCGACGCCAUCACGUCGCGCGCCAUCUCUGGCUACAUCCAGAUCAAGGGGCGGAGGGGCUGGAAGCGGCGGUGGGUCCUGUUCCAGCCCCUCUGCAAGAAGCUCUGCAUCUACCGCGCCCAGCCGCUGGUCGCCCACUCGGCGGGCACCUUUGCAGACGCGCACAUCUACCAGCAGCCGGGGUACCGCGCGCACGGCGAGGUCAAGUGGGCCGCGCGGAGGCCGUCGCCGUCGCAGCCGUUCGGCUUCUCGAUCUUCACGCCCGACGAGGGCCAGUGGGAGCUCGCCGCGCCGACCGCCAAGGAGAUGCGCCGCUGGCUCGACUCGCUCCCCAUAUUCGACCCCGAGGCGGCGGUCGCGCCGACGCCGCGCGGGCCGGCCGGCGGCGGCGGCGGCGGCGCGGACGGCUUCGCCAAGCCGCUCGCCACCGCGCGCAACCUGCACAAGAACAUCGUCAACGCGAUCGGCGAGGAGUACCACGCCGAGAAGGAGCGGCGCCAGUCCGUCCGCCUCUCGCUGCGCUCCUCCGUCUCCUCGUCCGCCCCGACGUCGCCCGCGAGAGAGUCGCCAGCCUCGAGCCCGGCCAAGGUCGGCGCCGGCGCCAAGAGCGCGGCCGAGCCCGCCCCCCUCGCCGAGGUGAGCGACAGCGCGAGCGAGAGCGACGACGACGACGACGCCGACAGCGCCGCCGCCGAGGCGCCCAAGCCGCUCCAGCUCGGCAUCUCGGGGCGUGACCUCGUGACGCACGCAAAGCCGGUGCUGCCGCUCGCCGAGGCGGCCGGCGGCGACGCGGAGCAGGUCGCCGGCCUCAUACAGCUCGCGACGCCGCGGCAGGGCUCUGCGGCGGCGGCGGGCGCCAUCACGCCGCGCUCGAACCGGCUGGUGAGCGACCAGCUGCGGCAGCUCGAGGAGAUGCGGCAGCAGCUCGAGGCGCUGCGCAACGAGAACCGAGAGCUCAAGCUGCAGACGGGGGGCGAGCUCUCGGCGGACCAGGACGAGAAGGUGCUGCAGGAGUUCCUCGUCAAGCUGCGCGCCGUCCUCGAGAUGCGCUCCGAGGGGCGGUGGGGCGAGCUGAUGGACCAGCCGCGGCAGGUGCGCAUCCAGGCGUUCCAGGCGGCGCAGAAGAAGAAGGAGGACCAGGCAAAGGAGCUGCUGAAGAAGAAGGAGCGCGAGAAGGAGGAGGCGGCGAAGAUGGCGGCGCAGGUCGCAGUCAACGGCCGCAUCGCCAGCUCGAUGAAGAAGUACUGGGCCGCGCUGAGCAACGGCGAGGGCGACGUGUCCGAGGUGCGCCGCUUCCGGCGUAAGCCUGAGCUGGGACUGCUCGUCUCGAGCACCGAGGACAUCAAGAAGAUCUCGCCGUACAACUGGCGAAACAUGGGCUGCUCCGGCCUCACCGAGCAGGAGCUGCGCUGCCUCCUCGUCCGGCUCGGCGAGCCGGGCAUGCCCGGCCAGGCCGACGAGUUCAAAAAGAUGAUCAUCGCGCGGCUCGGCACAAAGAGCCCCACAGACGCGCAGGUGCUCGCCAUGUGCAGCCCGCCGGGCGCCGCCAAGGCGCCGCCGCCGCCGCCGCCGCCGCCGGGCGGGCGCGGCGCAGGCGCACCGCGCGCGCCGGGGGCGCGGGCGCCGCCGCCGCCGCCGCCAGUCCCGGGCGGGCCUCGGCCGCCGCCGCCGCCGCCGCCGCCGCCCGGCGGGCGAGGAGGGGGGCCGCCACCGCCCCCGCCUCCGCCGCCGCCGCGUGCACCUCCGCCGCCGCCGCCGCCGCCGCCGCCGCCUGGAGGGGGCGCGCCGGCACCCAGCGGCGGGGGAGGGGGGGGAGGCGGCGGCGGCUCGGACCCGCAGUCGGCGCUCUUUGCGGCGAUCGCGGCGCGCAAGGAGAAGCAGGAGGCGCGGAUGCGGGCGAUCGAGGCUGGCGAGAUCGAGGUGGAGGACCCGCGCGAGAAGCGGCUGCGGGAGCUGAAGGAGAACAAGCCGGCCAAACCGGGCAAGGGGGCGGGGGGCAAGGCGGCGCCAAAGCCCAAAGCGGCUGCAGCGCCGCCAGCCAAAGCCAGCGCCGCGCCGCCUCGUCCGGCGCCGCCGCCGGCUCCGGCCGCCCCCCGGCCUCCGCCGCCGGCGCCACCGCCACUGCCGGGUGGGCGAGGGGGGCCGCCUCCGCCACCGCUGCCACCGGGAGCGCCCCCGCCGCCGCGCGCGCCCCCGCCGCCUCCGCCGCCGCCGCGUGCACCUCCGCCGCCGCCGCCGCCGCCGCCGCCGCCGGGAGGGGGCGCGCCGGCACCCAGCGGUGGGGGAGGGGGGGGAGGCGGCGGCGGCUCGGACCCGCAGUCGGCGCUCUUUGCGGCGAUCGCGGCGCGCAAGGAGAAGCAGGAGGCGCGGAUGCGGGCGAUCGAGGCUGGCGAGAUCGAGGUGGAGGACCCGCGCGAGAAGCGGCUGCAGGAGCUGAAGAAGCAAAAAGCAGCCGAGGCGGCAGCGAAGAAGAAGAGUGCAAAGGCGGCGGCCGCAAAGAAGUGACGCGUGAGGGCCGUUUUGAUGAUUGGGGUUGGGAGGCUAGAGAGAGAGAGAGAGGUGGAUAUUCGCGUCUCAUGUCUCGAAGCGAUACU